AUGCCUUCUGCCAAGCCUGGCUUCCGCCAGGUCCAGAGCUUCAAGACAGACUAUGCGCCCUGCACCAUCACUCAGUAUGUCUCCGAGCGUAGCGGCAUGCAGGUCGUUGUCGCCGACCGCAAGGGUCCCAAGAUCAACGGCUACUUCACCCUAGCUACCGAGAUCUUCGACGACUCUGGCGCUCCUCAUACUCUGGAGCACCUUGUCUUCAUGGGAUCCAAGAACCAUCCCUACAAGGGUCUCCUAGAUAAGCUCGCCUCGAGGGCCUACUCGAGCACAAACGCCUGGACAGCUACCGAUCAUACUGCUUACACCCUCGAUACGGCUGGUUGGGAUGGUUUCGCCCAGGUCUUGCCCCUCUACCUCGAGCACAUUGUCCUUCCCACCAUCACCGACGAGGGCAUCGUCACCGAGGUCUGGCAUGUCGACGGCGAGGGUAAAGAUGCCGGUGUCGUCUACUCGGAGAUGCAGGCCGUCCAGUUCCAGAGCGCAGAGAUCAUGGACCUCAAGGCUCGCCGCAUCCUCUACCCCGAGAACGUCGGCUUCCGCUACGAGACUGGUGGCAUGACCGAGGCCCUCCGCACCCUCAGCCCGGAUCGUAUCCGCCAGUUUCACCGUGACAUGUAUCAGCCCCGGAAUUUGUGCCUCAUCAUUGUCGGAGAGGCCGACCAGGAGCACCUUCUCAAGAUCCUCGACGAGUUUGAAGAGAGUAUCAAGGAUGAUAUACCCCCACUGGAUGCACCCUUCAAGAGGCCCUGGAUCGACUCCGCCCAGCCCCCGGCUCUCAAGGAGACCAUCCUCACCACUUCUGAGUUCCCUGAGGAGGACGAGUCAGUGGGCGAGAUCCUCGUCGGCUUCUUUGGCCCUGACUGCGCUGACAUGAUUGCCUCGACGGCCCUGAGCGUCCUGCUGACCUACCUCUGCGGUUCUUCCGUGUCCAUUCUCGAGAACGUCAUGGUUGAGCGUGAGGAGCUGGCCAGUUCCGUCUCGUACUGGUGGGACUCGCGCCCCAACAGCGUCAUCUGGCUGCAGCCGACCGGUGUUGCCACCGAGAAGCUCGACUUUGUCGAAAAGCGCCUCUUUGAGCUCCUCAAGGAGGUCGCGUCCAAGCCACUGGACAUGAAGUACAUGAGUGAGUGCAUCCAGCGUGAAAAGCGCAGGGUCAACUUCCACGCCGAGGUCUCCGAGUCAUUCUACGCCACCAACAUCAUAACCGACUACCUCUUCGGCAAGAGGGAUGGAUCGACUCUGAGGGAGCUCCAGUCCCUGGACGAGUACGGCGCACUGGAGAAGUGGACUGACGAGGAGUGGCGUGCGUUCCUGUCCAAAUGGAUGGCCGACGCCCACCACGUGUCCAUCCUCGGUAAGCCAUCUCUCGAGCUGGCUACCAAGCUCAAGAACGACGAGGAAGCACGCAUCGCUAAGCGUAAGGAGGAGCUGGGGAAGGAAGGCCUCCAGAAGCUUGGAGAGAGGCUGGAGAAGGCCAAGAAGAAGAACGACGAGGCUAUCCCUGCCUCUGUGCUUGACCGCUGGAGUGUCCCCGGCACCGAGUCCAUCCACUUCAUUGAAUCAGACACGGCCCGUGCCGGCCACGCCAAGUCCCUCGGUCCUGGAGGCGGCGCUGCUCAGAGCUUCCUCGACGCCGCGCCCACCGGCAAGCUGCCCCUUUUCCUGCAGUUUGAGGACGUGCCGAGCAACUUUGUGCACAUCACGGUGCACAUUGGAACCUCGAACGUACCUGUGGAGCUGAAGCCCCUGAUGCCCAUCCUUAACGACAACUUCUUCAACACGCACAUCAAGCGGGACGGCGAGACGGUCAACUUUGAACAGGUUGUCAUGGAGCUGGAGCGCGACACGGUCAGCUACGGCCUCAGCUCGGCCCGCCAAUUGGGGGACCAAGAUGGCAUCAUGCUCAGCAUGUCGGUCGAGCCAGGAAAGUACGAGGCGGCCAUCAAGUGGAUCCGGACCAUGGCAUUUGACGCCAUAUUCGACCCCAAGCGGCUCAAGGCAGCCAUCACCAAAGAGCUGGCCGACAUUCCUGAGUCAAAGCGCGACGGUCGCGCCAUGUCUGGUGAGAUUGACGCGGCCAUCCACCUCGAGCGCAGCACCAUGUCGAUUGCUCGCCGGACGCUCGUCAAGGCUGUGUAUCUCAAGCGCCUCAAGAAGCUUCUAGAGAAGGAGCCUGAUACGGUGGUUGGAUGGUUUGAGAAGCUGCGCCUGUCGCUCUUCACCUUUGAGAACAUGCGCUUCCUGGUGACUGCGCGUCUCGAGACCCUCCCCUCCCCGCUCGAGUCGUGGGACAUUCUGUCCGAGGUGCUCACUCCCAAGGACACCAUGGUACCCAUCGUCAAGCCGUCCAGCCUCCUCAACGACGAGGGCAAGAAUCCCGGAUCCGUCGGCGUGACCAUUGUUCCCAUGACGGCCCUAGACAGCUCUUUCAGCGUGAGCACGGCCCCGGGUCUCUUCUCCUUCGCCGACCCCCGCCUCCCCGCCGUCAUGGUGGCGAUCGGCUACCUCGAGACAGUCGAAGGCCCGCUGUGGAACGCCGUCCGCGGCGCGGGGUACGCCUACGGGUCUUUCUUCUCGCGCAACGUCGAGUCGGGAAUGCUCUCGUACCGCGUGUACCGCUCACCGGACGUCUUCAAGGCCAUUGCCGCCUCGCGCGACGCCAUCCGCAAGAUUGCCACCGGCGAGGUCGACGUGGACAGGCACCUCCUCGAGGGCACAAUGAGCCAGAUCGUCACCACGUUUGCCGAGGAGCAGUCCACCAUGCCCAGUGCCGCGCAGCAGAACUUUGUGCAGGCCGUCAUCCGUGAUCUGCCGCGCGACUGGAGCAAGGAAAUCAUGAGCAGGGUCAGGAACGUGACGAUUGACGAGAUGAAGGCUGUCAUGUCCGAUUUGAUCCUCGCCUGCUUUGAGCCGGGGAAGAGUAAUGUUAGCCUCGAAACCGGAUUCAAGAGCCAGGGAUACAAGGUGCAGACCCACGAGCUCAGCCACUUCCACGACGAUUACGGUCUCAAGGUUGGAGAGGAUGAUGAGGAAGACGACGACGACGACGACGACGAUGAUGGAGAGGAAGGUGAAGAGGGCGAUUAUACGGAUGACAGUGAUGAGUCGGAGGAGGAUUAG